AAUUGGUUUUGAGCGAUGAUGAAGUAAAGAAUCUGGCAUUGGUAGAGGUUGAAAUUUUUUUACGCAGAUGUGGUUCGAGUCUACGCGAUUCCGGUACAAUGCCUUUUUCUAAUCUCGACCGUAAUGAGGCAUCCACGAAUAGACCGGUGAUGGAAGAGUUGAAUUACGAUCGUCGUGCACUCGCUAUUGAGAAUCGGGAGUUGGUUGCCAAUAUGACUGAUGAGCAGCGCAAUGUUUAUGGCUCGAUAAUGGACUCUGUUUACCGUACCUACAGCUGCAUAUUUUUCGUUUAUGGUUACGGCGGCACCGGAAAAGCGUAUGUCUGGAGGGCGUUGUCUUCUGCUUUGAGAUCCAAAGGUGAAAUUGUGUUGAACGUUGCAACGAGUGGUAUUGCAUCACUUUUGAUUCCCGGCGGACGCACUGCGCAUUCACGAUUCAGAAUCCCACUUAACUCAGUGGAAGGCUCUACAUGCGAUAUUAGCCAGCAGAGUCCUUUGGUCGAACUGAUCAUACGAUGUAGUUUGAUCAUUUGGGAUGAAGCCCCGAUGAUGAACAAAUAUUGCUUCCAGGAGGUUGACAAUACCUUGCGAGCUUUAAUGGAAGCAAUUGAUCCAUCAAGGAAAAAUCUCCCAUUUUGUGGCAAGUGUGUGGUGUUAGGUGGAGAUUUCAGACAAAUACUUCCCAUUGUCCCUAAAGGCAGUCGAAGCGACAUAGUCAAUGCAACCAUCAAUUUAUCCAAGUUGUGGCGCGAUUUUAUCGUUCUGAGACUGACUCGGAAUAUGAGGCUUCGAAGCCUUGGUGGGGGUGAUGAGUACAAUGAGUUGAGGCGCUUCUCUGAGUGGCUUGCAAACAUCGGCGACGGUACAAUCGGUGGAUCGAACGACGACUGUGCCGAUAUCGACAUCCCCGACGAUGUUCUUCUACACUCACAAGGAGAUCCUAUUGGUACUAUUGUUGAGAGUACCUACCCGAUGUUCAGGAGUGCAGGUGACGAUCUUAGUUACCUGAAGGACAGAGCCAUACUCGCUCCCACACUUGAUGUAGUUGAGUCCGUUAACGAGUACAUGAGCUCGCUGAACUCAUCCGAGGGAAGGACUUAUUUGAGUUCGUACACCCCGUGCAAGUCAGAUGCUGGAUAUGAUUCUCUACAAGAUCUUCACACUCCUAAAUUUCUCAACGGGAUCAAGUGCUCUAGACUUUCGAAUCAUAAACUGCACCUUAAGGUCGGCACACCAGUGAUGCUUCUCAUAAACAUUGAUCACUCCAUGGGAUUGUGCAAAUUCAUAAAAAUUCAAUAUAUCAUAUAUAUAUUUACUUUAAUCUUU